AUGGGCCUCACGUUUGACAACUUGGACCAGGACGCUGGCUUGAAGAAGCUCAACGGCUUCCUCACCAAUCGUAGCUACAUUGAAGGCUACCAAUUCAGCUCGGCAGAUGCCGCUCUGUUCCAGCAGUUCUCGAGCGUGCCGGACCCUGCCAAGGUUGCUAAUGUGUACCGCUGGUACGUGCACACAGCGGCCAAGUUGGGCUUGCGCUCUAUUCUGAAGAUCAAGAACGAAACGUCAUCUGCUGGCUUGGCAAAGUCGGUCAAGAAGGUCAAAGAAGUGGAGGAAGAAGAUGAGGAUGAUGAUCUGUUCGGGGAUGACGACGACGAGGACGACGAGGCGACUAAAGCUCUGGCUGCGAAACGCGCCGAGGCGGCUAAAGGUGCCAAGAAGGAGAAGAAGAAGGUCAUUGAGCGCUCUCAGGUCGUGAUUGAGGUGAAGCCGUGGGAGGCUGAGACGGACCUCGAGGAGCUGGCUGCUAAGAUUAAGGCCCUCCCUGUGGAAGGCCUGACGUGGGGGGAGGGUCACAAGUUGGUGCCCGUGGCUUUUGGCAUCAAGAAGCUACUGGUGCAGUGCAUCAUCAUUGAUGACAUGGUGCUCCUGGAUGACAUUACGGACGCCAUUCAGAGCUUCGAGGACUACGUGCAGUCGGUGGAUGUGGCCUCGAUGAACAAGGUGUAA